AUGGUCAAGCUUCCACUCAAGAUAACGCCGCGGUCGAGACACAUGGUCGGAGAGUGGGUGCGGGAUCAUCACGCUCCGAUGUGCCGAUGCAUAUCGAUGAACCACAUGAUCUUAGAUAUUUCGUACGAUCAUUACCUCUAUGAUGAUGAUUCCAGAAUGCAUAAGUACGUCCAAGAUUGUGAACAGUAUCAGUAUACCAUGGCGAAGGAGAUGCAUGAUAUGGAACAACGUCGCCAUCAAUCGAAUGUUGUGGUGCGGUAUGGUGUGGUGGGUAAGGUUCCAAAUGAUCAUGCCUUGAGGGAAGUAUUUGGUAGUUUCGUUACGGACAACCAAGGACUUCGUUGGACUCAGGAUGAGUUGUUGGAUAUGUUGAAGAAGAAGGCGGUGGAAGUGGAUGCAGUUAAGAGUGCGCUGGCCAACAUUGAGGUCAACGCAAAGUCAUUCAUCAAAAAAUUCCUUCAAGGGAACGAAACGAUGAGGUUUCACGAAUUGCUACAACAAUAUAACAAUUACGUGAAGGACUUUAUGACGGUUACUGACCUUCCGCAGGAAGUCUUGAAUGGGAGGAAGUUGGUCAUAAAUCCGGAUGUCAUGCCUGAGGAGGAACAUGCAAGGCGUUAUAACCGUCAUAUGGGUCUACAUGAGGUGUGUGUUCUGAUGGCUGAUGAACUCCUUCCUCGUGAGCUCGAGAUUCGUUUGCGUGCUCCUCUUCCUGGUGAGCGGCAGACAGUUGUGGUUCCGGAAUGUUCUCGAGCGCACGACUGCUUAAGGUCGCGUUCUGCCAUUGCAUUGGCCGUCGUGUCAAGUGGCAUAGCGACGACUCUUUUGAUGGGGGGUCGAACGUUUCACUCACGAUUCCUCGCAUCUUUAAAACCUGAUAACACACGUCCCUUCUUGAUUGCGAAACAAAGUGAUCUUGCGGAGCUUAUCCGCCGUGCCGACUUAAUUGUUUGGGACGAGGUUCCGAUGAGUAAUAAGUAUCACUUGGAAGCUCUUGACAUCACGCUUCGUGACCUCUGCAACUCUCGAAUGCCGCAUAAGUACGACACUCGUGCUAAGAGGAAAACAAUGGGAAAUAACAACACCACUCAAUAUGAUACGGAUGUUACGUCAAAACCUGGAGGCGAACAUUCGGAGAGGUCGAAGAAAAGUGGAAAUGGUGAGAGGUCGUUGAAUCUUAGAAGUGAACAUCCUCAGGACGAUCAUCAUGUUCUUGGUGAGGUUGAACGUCGAUGUUCUCGAGGGAAUACCCUUGAUGAUGCUGAGAACAUGGUUGUGGAGGUGGGUGGUGACGAUUGUCGUGCCGAUGGGGAUGGUUCGCGUAGACGUGUUGAAGUGGCUCGGUCGGUGGAGGUGCUUGGAGUGGCUCAGUGGGUAGGUGCUUGGAGUGGAUCGGUGGGGAGGUGUUGGGAGUGGCUCGGUGGUAGAUGGCGGGAGUCCGAUUCGGGACAGCGGAGAGGCGAAACGGGAGGAAUGUACGCAAGUGAAGCUGAAGGAGGUGGGUUGGGUAGCCGAGAAGGACAGGAAGGAGGAAGGGGAAGAGGCUGUCCGGGAGAAAGGCAGUCUAACUUAGGAAGGAGCGCAGAGAAAGUGGUGAUUCAGCGAUCGAAACGGGUGGGUGGGGAAGAACGGUCCAUCACAGGGGAUGAACAGGAACUGUUUAUGGUAACGGAAAAAGAGCAGGAGAUGGCGGAACGUGGGGAUAUGGUGGGAGACGCAGAGGCAGAACGGGAAGAGACGCAUGAAGAAGGAGGGCAGAGAAAAAGUAUGAUCACAACGAAUCAGGAUGCAAGGGGUGGGCGAGGGAGGGAUCAGAAUCUUCAGACAUACCAAAGAAGAGGUAAGACGAACGUAAGUAGGAAGAUGGACGAGACGGUUGCGACGACAUCGCAGGGUGUGAAAAAGAAGUCACCUCGUACAAAAGCGAGAGUUCUGAGAGAAAUGAGGAACUAUUUUGAUGAAUCGGAGGAUGAUAGCGAUGAAGUAAGGGAGGAAGUGGGGAGGUUGGUCGAUGCGAUAGAGAAGAGGAAAGGGAAGCGAAGGAUUACGGAGGGAGAUGGGAGGGUGUCAGCGCUGAAAAUGAGAGUGAAUAAGAAUACGUCGGUAGAUGUGGAUGAUGCAUCGGAAGAGCGCACACCUCCAACACGAAAAAGGGAAGUGAAUAGUGGAGCGGGAGGGGUGGAGGUAUUAAAAUUUGCUUUGGAGAUGCACCAGGAGCUAUCAGCGAAGAAGGCACCAGAAUUGAAGAAGAUAUGCGGUGAGGAAGGAGUGGAGUGGACUAGGAAGGAGACAGUGAUUAACGAGUUGGUUCGAUGCAGGACGAGGCUCGCGUAUGAGGGAAUCGGAGGGAAUGCCGCAUCGCUCUCCGGACGGUACUCACUUAAGAACAAGGUAACGCGGGUGGUAAGGAUGAGAUUCGGCACGGAGAUUAGGAGGAGGCCGAUCGUAAGGAUACCAUUCUCAAGAAGGAUAGAGGCAGGCAGGGUGAGGGAGGUAAUGGAAGGGAUCAUCAAGCAGCUGGUUCAGGACAAGCAGAUUGAUAAGUAUGUGGCCCAGCGGACGCGAGUGGUGUUCAAGAGGAGUCUGACCGUAGGGCAGAUAAUUCACAACCAGUGGUUUUGUGCAGGGGCAAGGAGGGUUUUCUGCACAUGUAGAGAGGUGCCAUGGGCAAAAGCACAAGGACACGUUAAAGUAAGGUUGGAUUAUGUGCCUGGGGUGCCUGAUUUCGUGAAAAAUUCGAGAAAUAUGACGUGUGGGGACGAGGUAUCGGUAGAUUUUUUAAGGAAGUGUAUCAAGGAAGCGGUAGGAACAUGGGGAAAGGGGAGAAGGAUACAGGUGCAAGAUCAGGUUCUGAUGGGAUGUUACCGACAGCAACCAGGGAUGGAAUGUCAGGCGAUGAGUGGGAGGGAAGUGAGAGAGUGGGCGAGAAUGGUGGGUGGAAUGGUGGCAGUGCCCAUAGAUCGGAACCCAGGAGGCACUCUAGUGUUAUGCCCGGUACUGUACCUACAUGUAUGUAAUAUGACAUUCAACUGGAAUGCAAGUUUUGUGCCGGUUCAGAGAACGGAAGAACAGGUGAUCGGCGACAUGAAGGCGAAUUAUGAGAGAGGAAGUUUGGGGAAGAUUGCGGCGUGGGGGAAAGGUGGGAGGGUAGGGAGGGCGUACGUACUACCAAAGGACAAAGACGUGGAUAGAUGGAGACCGAUAUCACCAGCAAGCGGUGACCCAGCGAAGCUCGCAGGGGCAAGAUUAGGGAGGGCAUUGAGGCAUAUGAUGUUUGCAAUCGGGGAUGAGAAGCACUUCGAUCUGCGAGCGACAGAUGAAUUGAGAGGGAAGUGUGAGAAGAUCCAAUGAGAAAUGGAUGGGGAAUGUGAGUUUGCGUGUGCAAGGAGCUACGACGUGAAAGACAUGUUUGCGAGGUUAUCACACGAGAGC